GGAGUCAAAAUGAAUCUUUUCUAGCAGCCACAGCCUCAAAAGUAGCCCUCUAUGCAGCUCCUGUCUUCCUUUUGACUUCGGAACCACCUUCUUCUCUUCCAUCCGUCCAUCUAUUGUUUUCAUCAGCAUGUAAAGAAACUGUCACCUGUCGAGACAGGAAGAGAGGGAACCACCGAAGAUCUGCUGCAACAGGUGUAAUGAAGCUUCGUCACCUAAUCCUGUUUGAGGUCAUCAGUCAAAUCUCCAUAAGAGCAGACAGUGACAGAGCAGAGCUGCAUACAGGUACACAAACUGAAGGACUGGAAGCGAUGCAACAAAUGGACUCUAUCUUUUCCAGAUUUACUAUCAGCUGAUUGUGUCUAUAGAAGAUAACACACAGAUAAAAGCCUCAUUCCUGGUGUAAAUUAAAAGAAGAAGAACGCUGACUUUUGUCCUAAGAGUCAAGACAUCGGUGUAUUAUACUGUAUGCUCUCACAGACCCCCGGAACCUGAUUCACCACAGACAACACCAGCACGAGACAACUCUUAGAAAUGGAUUCUCUCAUGUCACUGGGUGCUCCCCUGAAGCAGUUCACCAGCUGCGUGUCUGGAAAAUCCGCCGCUGCCACCAAAAUGGGGAACAAGAAAAGCCAAUCUGUCCGCCGGAGCAGCUUCACCCGCAGGAAGAGCGUCAGCAGGAGGAGAAGCCUUCCUUGCAACAGCCAGAAAGUCCCAGACUCCUGGCUCAGAAUGUACCAGGAUGAACUGAAAAGAGAAAGGAAACGGCAGCAAGCCGUGGUCGCGAAGAAGAACGCAGAGAGGACGGUCAAAAGAACUCACUUCAGGAGCCACCACUGCCUCCCACGGCAGAAAACUGCCUCCAGAAAACGAGCCCCAGUGAAGGACGAUUCCUUCUUCGGAGCCUUCCAAGGCCUCAGUCUGGAUGGACUGAUGGGAAGUGGUAAUGGAUCUCCUGCCAUGUCUGCUUCUGCAGGUGGAGGAGAUCAGUGCAAAGUCAUGUGACACCCAACACUUAAAGGACAAAUUGGACUAUUUAAGUGAUCCUCUUGAGCAAGACUUGAAGGAUGAAAGGGCUCGUGGAGAGAAGGAUGAGUAGAGUUGAAAAUAAAACAGGCUCACGCAGCCUUAGAAC